AUGGAGUACUACCGGAAACUCCUGGGUACUGAAUCUGCUAGUAGAAGCAUUGUUAUGCCUGAAAUUGUGCAUGUUGGCCCUACUCUUGAGCAAUUGCAGAAAGACCAACUACUGGUACCUGUUACAGGUGAGGAAGUCAAGCAUGCCAUGUUUUCUAUCAAUGGAGAUAAAGCUCCUGGCCCUGAUGGGUUUGGGAGCCAUUUCUUCAAAGAAAACUGGAAUAUAGUAGGGGAGGAUGUGACAAAGGCUUUUUUGGACUUUUUCCACACUGAAAAACUCCUGAAGAAGAUCAACUCCACUACCAUUACCCUGAUUCCCAAGACAAAGUGUCCAAAACCUGAGAAUCAAGGGGCUUUUGUGCAUGGCAGAUUCAUCAUGCACAAUAUCAUGAUGUGUCAGGAAAUUGUUAGACAAUAUGGAAGGAAGAAUGCAUCACCUGGUUGCUUGAUCAAACUGGAUAUGCAGAAAGCUUAUGAUACAAUUGAGUGGGAUUUUUUUGGAAGAAAUGUUGGGGAUCCUUUAUCUCCUCUGUUGUUUGUGGUGUGCAUGGAGUAUCUGUCUAGAACUUUACACAAGGUGGGUGAGGACAGUUAUUUCAAGUUCCACCCAAGAUGUAGGUCAACAAAGUUAACCCACCUUUGCUUUGCAGAUGAUCUUAUUCUCUGCUGCAAGGGUGCGUUUAAUUCAAUUCACUUGCUCCUCAAAGGUUUCAAAUUGUUUUCUAAUACUUCUGGUUUGAAGGCUAACAUUCAAAAGUAUGCAGUGUAUUGUGCUGGUAUGAAACCAGAUGUAGUUGCAGCAGGUCUAGUGGAUAAAAUGAUGGCAAGGAUCAAGACUUGGAGUUCUAGAAAUAUUUCUUUUGCAGGUAGGAUAACCUUGAUAAAUGCAGUCCUUUUGAGCAUUCACUCUUACUGGGCACAGGUGUUUAUUCUUCCUAAACAUGUGCUCAAAACUGUUGAGGCUAUCUGUAGAGCUUUCUUAUGGCAAGGUACUUAUUUCUGUACUAAACCUGGCUAUGUUGCUUUGGAAAAAGUGUGUAGCCCAAAGAAGGAAGGUGGUUUAGGAAUCAGAAAGGUUCAGGCAUGGAACAUUGCAGCCUUAGGAAAAUAUGUGUGGGCAAUAGCUAGGAAGCAAGACACUAUGUGGGUUAGAUGGGUGAAUGCUAUCUAUAUUAAGGCUGCUGAUUGGUGGGAGUAUCAGUCAAAAGCUGAUAAUGGAUGGUACUGGAGAAAGAUAUGUGGUGUAAAGGAGGAUUUGAAGGUGUUGUUCACUAAGGCUGAGUUGGCUCAAAUGCAUAAAUACUCUAUCCAUAAAGUAUACCAGAAGCUGGUUCAACAUCAUGAUAAGGUCCCUUGGGGGUCUGCAGUGUGGAAUAGAGCUUCUAUUCCCAAAACUAGAGUGAUUUGUUGGCUGAUGGUGCAAGGGAGAUUACAAACAAGAACAAGACUGCAUAAAAUGGGUAUUUAUAAUUCUACCAAGUGUCUGUUAUAUGAGGCAAAGGGUGAAACUCACUCACAUCUGUUUUUUGACUGUGAAUACAGCAGAAGAUGCUUACAGGGGAUUGAAAGUUGGUUAGAUAUUCCUACUAGCAAAGUACAUUAUAUGGGACUGUUGAGAUGGAUUAAAUGGAAGAGUAACUGUAGCAAAUUCCAGAAGACAGCAAUGCACACUGCUGUCAAUGCUAUUGUUUAUGUUCUUUGGAGAGCAAGGAAUGAUGCUCUGUGGAAUCAGAAGGUCCCUACUCCUUCAGCUACUAUUAGAUUCAUCCAGAGGAGUGUUAUUGAUAGAUUAGCUCACAUAGGUGCUAAACAACCUAGUACUGCUGACCAAAUUUGGUGGAAGAACAAAUGUGCUAUCUAG